CUUUCUCCCAACUUUUCCCUAUAUAUAUAGGAGUAGCAAUAGGCCAUAACUCCAACCAAGAGAGAGGCCAAUUAAGAAGCUUGUUCCAGCUUCCAAAUGGGUUCACACAAUGGGGUUGUGGGUGAUGAAGAAAGCCCUCAUAAUGGAAUCAGAAUUCAACCUGUUCUCUCUACUCCAAUGGCCGAGCAGUGGAAAAGUGAGGGAGGGAAGAUGAACACUACAAUGGGUGAGAGAUUGGGUCUGAAUGAGCUAUUUUCUCCCCAGGUCUGGCGAGCAUCGUUGGCAGAGCUGCUUGGGACGGCGCUGCUGGUUUUUCUCUUAGACACCAUAGUUAUCUCAUCAAUCCAGACUCAAACCAAGACACCAAACCUUAUCAUGUCGGUUGUUGUUGCCAUCACAAUCGCUAUUCUCCUGCUGGCCACCAUCCCGGUUUCUGGCGGCCAUAUCAACCCUGUGAUCACCUUCUCUGCUGCUCUGCUGGGACUUAUCUCUUUCUCACGCGCUGCUGUGUACUUUUUGGCUCAAUGUCUAGGUGGUGUGCUGGGUGCACUGGCACUGAAAGCAGUGGUGAGUAGUACCAUCGAGGAAACAUUCUCCCUUGGAGGGUGCACUCUCAGUAUUGUUGAGCCAGGCCCAAAAGGGCCCAUAACAAUAGGCCUCGAGACGGGGCAGGGCCUUUGGAUCGAGGUGAUCUGCACCUUCAUCUUCCUCUUCGCCUCAGUUUGGAUUGCAUUUGAUGAACGCCAAGCCAAGGUUCAUGGGGCGGUUGUUGUUUGCUCGAUCAUUGGGACGGUGCUGGGCCUGCUGGUGUUUGUGUCGACAACGGUGACAGAAACAAAGGGCUAUGCAGGCGCUGGGAUGAACCCCGCCCGGUGCUUGGGCCCAGCCCUGAUCAGAGGAGGCCACCUCUGGGAUGGGCAUUGGGUGUUCUGGGCUGGUCCUGCUAUCGCCUGCAUGGCAUUCUAUCUGUACAUUAAGAUAAUUCCAGAUCACCAUUUCAAGGGCAAAGAGCACAAGCAUGAUUUAUUGAAUAUAUUGAGGCAUUCAUUCUAGUAGGAAAGGAUCUACAUGUUCAGUACUUUUUAUUGUGUUCUAAUUUCUAUUUAACGUGUAAUUGUGGGCUUCAUUGUGCAUCAAUGAAGGCCUUUUGUGGGUGACAAAUGUUGUAUCUACCUUGUUUUACCUGUAAUUUAGUCAGGGUAGCUGGCUAGUACUGGUGGUCCUAUAUGCUUCAAAUGUGUAACAUGGACUUGGAAGAAGAAACUAAUAUGAUUGUGAGACCAUUUCAUUAGAUUUCA